UCUUGUGGCAACAGUGCAAUUACAAUAUUUAGUUAAGGUUAUGGCUUCUAGAUUUUAAAUUAUCUUUUUUUAAAGCAAGAUGAAUAUCUUGAGCAGAUUACGGAACAUCAAGAGCGGCCCUGUGUGCAUGCAGCUUCGCAGUAAAUCCUAUUUCAAGCUUUUCCAGAAGCCCAGCGAGGAGAAGUACAGAGCCAUUGAUGGGAUGCCACAAUCGUACACCCUGAUCUACAGGAAUAUGCUCGAGAAAUACCUAAGGAUAGGGCAAUUUGCAUCAACUUUCAGCCUCCUAUCGAUUGGUGCCUUAGUCAUAUAUAAACAAAAGGACUUGGCUGAUGCCAAAAUCAACAUGAGCUUCUGGGAAGAAAGUCCAAAGGCGAUCAAGAAUGAAAUGUCUCUGUAUGUAGUAGCACUGAUGGUUAUCGCUGUAGGAUUGCAACUUGCUUCAGCAAAAAUGCCUCUGAGGAUUUACAGAUGCAAAGAAAAGUACAUUUUUGUGAGCUACACAAAUAUCCCACUGAACAUUACCAAGUAUUCAGAAGUUUCUAGCAACAUUAGCAAGUUACCAGCUGACGGUAUUGUACCCUGGAAGAACAGCUUGUACGAGGUUGGGAACAAGAGCAGGAUAAUCCUGGUGGAGAACUAUUUCCGGACACCAGCAGAAUUGAAUGAAAUGCUUGGAGAUGACUUUUACUCGAAAUUUCAAUAGAUGUAUUGAUUUUGACUGUAGUAUUUAUUGAUUAAUUAAAUAAAUUGUUAUUAUUUUUA